GCUAGUUAGCAACCGCGUCCCUUCUUCCCGGCCAGUUGUAUAUAAUGGUUGGAAUCAGCGCUUUCUGCACAAGAUACUCCUUAUCUCAAGUAGAACUUCAGCCAGAUCGUUCUCAAACACCCAAGAUGCAACGCGUUGUAUGUUUGCUGGUCCUAGCUGUGGCCCUUGUGGCAGCACAAGACAAGAAGCCGGAGGGAAAUACUAGAUUCGGUCCAGGUGGUCUACCCGUACCUGUAGGGGGUCCUAUUGGUGGUGGCAUUUUACCUAUUGGUGGCUUACCCGCCUGCCCACCUGUGGCCCCACCAAGGCCCGUAUGCAAAUUCUACGAACGCAACCACUGUGGACAUUACAUUUGCUCCGUUGACCAGAAGCCAUUCGAGUGCCCUCCAGUCAGACCCGAAUGCCCAGGUCUGAGAUUCGGCCCCACCUUGUGCUACACCGACGACGACUGCUCCGGGCACGAUAAGUGCUGCCCCGACGCCUGCCUGGAUCACCUGACCUGCAAAGGACACUCCUCCGGUGUCUUCUUCUAAAGAGGAGUCCUCUUGUCAUUGGCGUUAUUAGCAUUAUUGGCGGACAGCAAAAUUGUUUUUUGGGCGCUCGAUAUUUUUUUUAUUUCAUUUAAUUUACUUUGUCAAAUGUUUUAAAUUCUCUUCAUUAGCGUUAACCUAAAUGUGGUCUGUCUUCGUUAUAAUCUAUCCGUUAAGUUUGAAUAAAAACUUAAAUUAUUUACCGUA